AUGGGAAGCAAAGUCUAUGCUGGGAACCUUACUUUCGACACAACCGCUGAGGACCUCGAUCAUGCCUUCAGUGACUAUGGCCACGUUACUAAAUCUGUCAUCGAAAAGGACAGAGAUACGGAUCGAAGUCGGGGGUUUGGCUUUGUCACGAUGAGCACCCCGCAAGAAGCGGAAGCUGCCAUUAAUGGCCUGAAUGGCUAUGAGUAA